AAAUUGUAAUGUCAAAUAUUUCAAAAUAAACUUUAAAAUUUACUGUCAAGUCACCGACUUCUCUUGAUAAGUGUUAUCGUGUUAUUUUAUUGAUAAUUCGAAGAAGACACAGACGCUAAGAUCGGAUUCUUAAUAUCUCAGUUGUGUGACACGAAUCAUGCUCAAAAGAGGUAAACAACUGCUGGUAUAAUUGGAAGUUAAAACGUGUUUUAAACUGUGUUAGACAUGUCUUCGUCUCCCUCCACGACCGAUGCCGCGCACCCUCGGUUUUUAGAAAAACCUACCCUUAACGUCGGUGGUUUGAAAGUAGUUCUUGUCCAGAUGGCAGUGGGCAUGAACAAACAGCAAAAUUUGAAAGAAGCGGUGAAACAGAUACACCAAGCCAAAGCCAGUGGGGCUCAUCUAGUAGCACUGCCGGAGUUCUUCAAUGCACCUUAUGGCACUAAGUACUUCGCCGACUAUGCGGAGAACGUACCGACAGGAGAUUCGUGUCGCGCCCUGAAGCAAGCGGCGCGGGAGGCUGGCGUGUAUGUCGUGGGCGGCACUCUACCCGAGCGAUGCGGGGACCAGCUGUUCAACACUUGUACUGUAUGGGACUCUACCGGGAACCUAGUAGCGCAACAUAGGAAGGUGCACCUAUUCGACAUAGACAUCCCCGGCAGGAUAACUUUCAAAGAGUCUGACGUGCUGUCUGCCGGUAACAGUAUCACGACUUUCGAUUGUUACGGCGUAAAAAUCGGAAUCGGCAUUUGUUACGAUCUGCGCUUCUUCGAAAUGGCACAACUUAUGGCCAAACAAGGGUGUUCCAUGUUAAUAUACCCUGGAGCCUUCAACAUGACGACGGGGCCUUGUCAUUGGGAGCUCCUGGGCAGGUCUAGAGCGAAUGACCUACAGCUGUGGGUAGCCCUCGUCAGUCCCGCCCGGGACCCGUGCGCAGAGUACGUGGCCUGGGGACAUAGUAUGUUGAUCAACCCAUGGGGAGCCGUUGUCGGCGAGUUGGAUGAGAAUCCUGGCCAGCUGUGCUGUGUUGUCGAUUUGGAAACUUUGGAGGCAGUAAGAAGCCAGAUUCCUGUCAGAUCGCAGAGGAGGACGGAUUUGUAUGAUACGAUAUCUCGUGCUAAAUGUUGAGUUCUUGAGUAUGUAACCGAAUAAUUGUAACCAUACUUGACCUUACACAUUUGGGACAGCAAAGAAAAACAUAUCCUGUUUCAAUGUUUUAAGGUCGAUUUUCUAGUGAUAUGUAAAUGGUAUAGGUACCAAAUAAUAUGUCCACAUUUGGUGAUAUUUUUUUAUGGAUUUAUUAAAAUUUGUGCAUUUUUUACAUUGUUUAUUUUAGAAGCUAGAAUGGAAAAUUCAGUCUUAA